AUGUUUUCAGUAAUUGGUGAUGAAAUUUUGAAAGGUGUAACAAAUGAUGUGAAUUCGAAUUUUUUCUGCAAGGAAUUGUAUGGUCGAGGAAUUCUGCUGAAAAAGAUAUCAAUAGUGUCUGAUAAUAUCGAUGAUAUUGCAUGUGAAGUGAAACAGUUUAGUGAACGUUACGAUAUUGUCUUCAGCUCUGGUGGUGUUGGACCUACACAUGAUGAUCGAACUUACCGUGGAUUGGCACUGGCAUUUAAUGAUGAAUUAAAACCAAGAGAGGAGAUGAUGGAAUUGAUCGAACAUUUUAUGCGUAGUGUGAACAAAUUCAUACCUGAUGGUGGUCUGCAGCGGAUGUGUACUAUACCAAAAAGCGCUCAGUUAUUAUGGGGUAAACGAACAGUCUUUCCAUUGGUGCAGAUGCGGAAUGUUUAUGCUUUUCCCGGUAUCCCGGAGUUCUGUACUGAAGCGCUGAAAGAAUAUGAAAAAUCGAUAUUUCCAUCCCAUGCAGUAAAACCAUUUUAUUCAUGCAUUCUUCAUAUAAAGACUGCGGAAUUACAGUUUUCGGAUUUAGUAAUGGAAGUGGUGAAGAAAUACAACUCAAUGAAAGUUUCGAUUGGUUCAUAUCCGGCAAGAAACAAUCAAUAUUACAAGACGAAAUUACUGGUCGAAAGUGAAUGCGCAGAUAUUGGUGAGAAAGUUGUACAGGAUUUGAAAGCUUCUUUGAAAGAUCAGAUGACAUACUUUGAUGAACAACCUUGGGUAGAUACGGUACAAAAGUUCAACGCUUUUCGGCAAAGAGAAUUGGCCAGUGGCUUAGAUGAUGGUUUUCUGAGUCGAUUGGAUGAUGCUAUGAGCUGUAUCGACGAAAUAAUUUCUCUUAAUCUACUGGAUGAAAUAGCCAUAUCAUUCAAUGGUGGUAAAGACUGCACCCUUGUCCUACAUCUUCUAAAAACUGCUAUCGACAAGAAAUAUGGAUCGGGGCAGACGAUACUCGGCUUCCACAUAGUGUGUGGUGACAGCUUCCCAGAAAUGAAUCAGUUCAUUAUUGACACCACUAAACGAUACAACGUUAUAGUACUGGAAACAUCAGGACCCGUAAGAGAAGGUCUCGUACAAUUAGGAAAUAUGAGGCCAAAAUUAAAAUGUAUAUUUAUGGGUUGCCGCGCAACCGAUCCUUGUUUAUCACCUAUGAAAUCCAAAUGUCAAUUCACAGACGCUGGCUGGCCACAUUACUUGAGGGUUUGUCCAAUUUUGGAUUGGAGCUAUAAUGACGUGUGGCGAGCGCUACGUGGUAUUUGCAUACCAUAUUGUCCUCUGUAUGACUUAGGCUACACAUCCCUUGGAGGUCGUGAUACAACUCGUAAGAAUGAUGCAUUGAAGAUCAUUGCUGAUGAUGGUUCGGUUGUUGGUUACAAACCUGCAUAUAUGUUAAAAACUGGUACUUUGGAGCGUACAGGAAGAAGCUGA